CCGGGCGUGUGUGUGCCGGCCGCGUCCCACGGCACCCCCUGCCUAUCAGCGCCGGCCCGUCGGGAAGGUGGUGUUCCCCUGCCGCCUCCUUUGCAGUCCGGAGGUGUCUAGACCGCUCCAUCAUCGCUGCUGCCAAAAAUCAUCGUCAGAGGGUGGUUUACUCUGGACAGGUCUGAGAGGUAUCGUUCAAGACUUCAACAGGAAAAGACAACUGAAAUCCAGUAGUACCUUGCCUGUCUCUCUGACUGAAAUGAAAAGCAACAUGUUCACUGUGAAGAGACCUUUCAGCACUUCACACUCAUCAGUGGAUUCAAAGGAAAUGAAAAAAUUCCAGCUCCUUGCACAUAAGUGGUGGGAUGAAGAAGGAGAAUAUGCAGCCCUUCAUUCUAUGAAUGAUAUUAGAGUGCCAUUUAUUAGAGAUACUCUGUUGAGCAUGAGUAGUAAUUAUCAUCUGGGAAAUCCACUUUCUGGAAUCAAGAUUCUGGACGUGGGCUGUGGUGGAGGACUGCUGAGUGAGCCUUUAGGUAGACUGGGAGCUUCAGUUACUGGAAUUGAUCCUGUGGAGGACAACAUUAGAACAGCAGAUCGACACAAGUCAUUUGAUCCGGUCCUGGCCAAGAGAAUACAGUACAAGUCCAGUUCACUGGAGGAGAUUGUGGAAGAGUCUAUGGAAACCUUUGAUGUAAUUGUAGCUUCUGAAGUAGUGGAGCAUGUGGCUGACCUUGAAACGUUUAUCAAGUGUUGCUCUCAGGUGUUAAAGCCUGAAGGUUCUUUAUUCAUUACGACAAUCAAUAAAACAAAAUUGUCCUAUGUCCUGGGAAUUGUGGUUGCAGAAAAAAUAAUGGGGAUUGUACCAGAAGGAACGCAUGAAUGGGAGAAAUUUGUUCCCCCUGAAGAGCUGGAGCGCCUCCUGGAAUCAAAUGGCUUUUCAGUCAAGACCGUGAAUGGGAUGUUGUACAAUCCGCUCUCGGGCUCCUGGAGCUGGACGGAGAGCACGAGCCUGAACUACGCCGUGCAUGCAGUGAAGUCUGGGGCUCGGGCACAGUCACACGCCACAGACACUCCCACAGAGACAGACAUUGACCAGCGCUCAGCCACAGCUGGCACAGCUGCCACUGUCCCAGAUAGCACUGUCUGAUGUGUGGUGAUGGACUGUCACCGGAACAGAAAAUGAGCUUUUACUCAGAUGGACACAAUAAAACCUUUGCUAACAACAGCCUUCCUGCUUGCAUCAAUAAUACUUGUGCUAUUUUUGGCCAGAUAUUUAGGGCAGUCUCAAAAAAAUCAAGUGUCCACUACCUCAGGAAUCUUUUAAGAUUGAAAUGAGCAAAGCUUUUUAAAAUACAAGUAUUUUCAUGAGGAAGUAGUUUCUAAUUGUUGGACAGGGAAAUGCAAAUUAUUCUGUUGGUAGCUUGGAGGGAGCUUUAUUAUGUGGUGGCGUUUUGAGUCCUGCUGGGACUCAGAUCUCCAUAGAAUAAUGGCAUAGACGUAGAGAGUUGAAAACCACGAUGGUGUACAAUAAAUAAAAUGCCUUAAGUAUUUAAGAUACUCAACUCUGUAAAAAUAUAUGAAGCACUUAAGAUUUGCAAACACUUUUUCCUGUAAUACGCCCUUUCUUCCUGAAGGGAAAUAAAAUAUCAAACCUUUACUGUUGAGUCCUGCUGUUUCUGCAGUUGACAUGAGGUAACUGAAAUGGAAGAAGAGUCUCUGAGACCAGAGUGCCUCAGCUGUCAAAGCCCCUUCACCAUAAAGAUAUUUGUAUCUGUGCCUGUUCAACUUUCUCCCUCUGCCCAAAUAAAGAAAAGCUGCAGGUAAAAUUUUACUAAGCAACCAGAGCUCCAUGCUAGAAGAAUGACAUAUUAGCAGUCUGUCCCAUAACUGAGCUGCCAUAUCUAUUUAUUCUUAAUGUUCUAGAGCCCAGGUAAGGAAAAGUCAUUUACAGUGAAACAAAGCUUUCUAAAUAAAGUGUCACGUGUGUGUCUAUGACUGCA